GCAAGGGACGGGGUGAGGUGGUAAACGCGCAGAGACGCGAUUGGCUGGAGGGCAAAGCCAUGGGUUGGCCUAUCACAAUGGACGUAACUACAGGGGAUUCACAUGUUUACCAGUCCUGACUUCGGAGAGGAGGAAAACGGAGCAACAACGAGAGAGUUCAGUCAUGGUUGAAACUGGGCUUUUGUUGCUGAAGGAAUUCCAUCCUCUCCACGGGCAGACUGAGUCAUCUUAGCUAUAGUGUACACAAAAAGUCAACCUGCACACUGUGCCAAAUAAUCAAAUAAUGAUAGCUUAGAAUGUCUUCACUGUUGAUAUUAAAUCUACACCAUUAGUACUACUUUUUUAAAAAGCUGACUUUUUUAAAAAGCUGAAUAGACCUCUUUGAUGCAGAAAAUUUGAUGUCUAAAUGUAUGUGGUACACUUAUCAAGGGCUGUGUGGGCACAGUGUCAAAUGUGGUCUGAUUGCGUAAAUAUGGGAAAUGAGGUGAAUGAGGUUCUCAUGUCCAGUUAGGCCAGUAGUGACACUGAUGAGGACACAGGCAGCCCAGGUUUGGCAGUCCAGGUCUGAGCAGGCACAGACGUGACUUCAUUAGCACUGUGCAAUGGUACAAGAAGCGCACUUUGUUUCACAGAAACCUCUGACGUUGUGCAAUAGCAGUACACGCGCGCUUCAGCGGACACUUUAGUUUACAGACCUGCAGAGCCGUGACGGGGGUUUGCCAUUUUCCGAUCGAUUCAUCGCCAAGGACACUCGGCGCAGGAAAACUCAGGGAUGACGAGACCCCAGCUCCUGGAACUUACCUCAAGGGACGGCCGGUUUGGGCCGCACGCCUCCUGCCCCCCGUCGCCCCCGGCGCCCCCUCUCGCGCUGGCGCCGCCGGUGGCGCCCUGGCCGCCGGUGGACUUCGCCCUGGGCGCGCUGGCGUGCUGCGGGGCCUGCGUCUUCACCAACCCCCUGGAGGUGGUGAAGACGCGGCUGCAGCUGCAGGGCGAGCUGCGGGCCCGGGGCUCGUACCAGAGGCACUACCGCGGCGUGCUGCAGGCCCUGUGGGUGGUGGGCCGGACCGACGGGCUCCGCGGCCUGCAGAAGGGCCUCUCCGCCGGGCUGCUCUACCAGGGCGUGAUGAACGGCGUGCGGCUCGGGUUCUACUCCUACACGGAGGCCGCCGGCCUGGCCGCAGCCCCCGGCGGGAGCCUGUUGGCGGGCGCCACCGCCGGAGCUCUGGGCGCCUUCAUCGCCUCCCCUGCCUAUUUGGUGAAGACUCAUUUGCAGGCUCAGACAGUGGAAACCAUCGCCGUGGGCCACCAGCACAACCAUCAGGGCGUGUCGAACGCGUUCGCCACCAUAUACCAGCGGGAGGGGCUGCUGGGGCUGUGGCGGGGGGUGAACGGGGCGGUGCCCAGGGUCAUGGUGGGGUCGGCGUGCCAGCUCGCCACCUUCAGCUCUGCCAAGGAGUGGGUCGCCCAGUCACAGUGGUUCAAUCCAAACAGCUGGCUGAUUGCCUUGACAGCUGCCAUGAUCAGUGGGGUUGCUGUGACGAUCACCAUGACGCCAUUUGAUGUCAUCAGCACGCGACUCUACAACCAGCCUGUGGAUGAGCUGCACAGGGGCCGCCUGUACGGUGGCUUCCUGGACUGCCUGCUGAAGGUGUACCAGACGGAGGGGCUCCUGGGGCUGUACAAGGGGAUGGGCCCCGUGUUCGUCCGGCUGGCCCCUCACACCGUGCUCAGCAUGCUCUUCUGGGACCUCCUGAGGCAGAGGGCGUUUCGGUACUACGGGGGGCGGGCUCAGAACUGAGCCAAGGACCGAUGCCCCAAGGCCGCUGGCUCGGAGAGCGGGAGG